AUGGACGAGUUGAUUAUCCAAGCCAUUGGGAAGCUCGACUUGUGCAGUCGCUGCUGGAAAAGCGCAGUCUUGCGAAACUGGAGCGCAGUCGAGUAUGACGUCACCGGAUCAUCUCAUCUGGACGCUCUACGCGCAAAGAGCAAAACACGACCGAGAAGCACCAAAGAAAAGCCUUGA